AUGAUCGGAGGAGCAGAGGAGUGGGAAGUCGAAGAGAUUGUGAAAGAGCGAAACGUCGGCCGAGGAAAACAGUACUUGGUCAAAUGGAAGGGAUGGCCGCAUAGCGAGAACACCUGGGAACCAUCACGUCACCUUACCCACGCGAAGCAGGUCCUAAGAGAUUGGCAGAGGAAACAAUCAAAUCCAGACACACGCAUUCGCCUCCUGCCAACGCUCGAAGCGGGACACUGGGACUAUCUCAUUCAUCGCUACAAACCCAGGGACGAACGCCUUCCAUAUCCCCAACGACAACUCUUCGACCCUUACGAGAACGUCUUCACGCCCAUUGACCUAGUCGAUGAGGACAUCGACCCUAGAGAGGGGGUAAUGUCAUAA